CCCCAAUCAUCACGACAUCAAUGCGAUAAUCCAUCAAUCCGCCGAGACGCCUUCAAUUGGUUUAAUUCGUCACUUGGAGGGCCAGAUCAAUCAAAGAAGCGUCUACUCGAGAAUUACACGAGAACCAGACCUGCGUUAUCGUUAUCGAUUGAGGUGUGCUGCCUCGAUAACACCUCCAGGGGCAAGAAGGUCACCUAUAUCUACCCGCUACUCGUAAAGCGAUCAUCGAGACAACCAAGUGCCUAUUGACCUCUUGGAUCUUUUUGAGAGAUCGAGGCGAUCUCCGCGACCGACAACCUGAUCUCCUGCGACCAGCCGCGCAAACCUGGCUCUUCGCGAUUUGGUCAUUUCAUCAGUAUUGCGCACCAGGAUCGCAUCAACGAUUCCCUGCGCUAAAUCUGUCACCACUCCUGCCUCUCAACCUGUACGGCCGGGCUACCCUGAUAGCCUCGAUUGGCGCCUAGAUGGAGCUGGCAAUGGAGUUCAAGGAGGACGAGAGGGUGCCCGAGGUGCCCCCGACCGAGGAGGGCGUGGACACAAGUCAAGACGCUCCCCCGUUGGAAACUCCAGCGCCGCCUCCUGUUGAGCCUAUCUCAAGGCCAGAAUCGCCUGGAAUACAGAGUUCUGGUGCUCAGCUGGCAGAGCUCGCGUCUCUGGCAAGCAAUGUUGCUGCGUCUGAACAAUUACAAAGAGCUUCGGCUGAAGUGAAUACCUCACCUCCCCCACCGGCAUUUCCCGAUGCUAUAUCUGCGCAACCAGCGCCGACGGACCCUGCUUUGUCUACUGACCUUGACACGGCCGCCCAGCUGUCUGCACCAGAGACAGUUGCGCAAGAUCAAGCGGUUGCGCAACCAGAGAUGGCGGCGCCUCAGCCACAAGUGAUGCUUGCGACUCAUCAACCCGGGCUAUCAACAGAACCUGCGCAGCCUGUUCCAACCCCUAACAUGCAACCACCUCAACACCAGCCGACGUCUUAUGCUGCUUCAUCUCCAGCCUCACUACCGGGAAUAUUGCCAACUUGCCAGAACUGCGGGACAUCCACAACGCCGCUCUGGCGACGGGAUGAACACGGUGCUGUUCUCUGCAAUGCUUGUGGUUUAUUCCUUAAGCUCCACGGCAGGCCAAGGCCAAUUUCACUGAAGACAGAUGUCAUCAAGAGUAGAAAUAGGGUCAAAUCGAUUCGACCGGAUCUGGCUCUGAAGAAGAAGCAACAACAACACCAGCAGCAAAUGCAGGCUCUUGCUGGUGCAAAUGGUGCACUCGAUGCGCAAACUCAAGCAAGCAUCGCAGGGGCGGCAUUAGGUGCGCGCAGGGCGUCUCAGAAGUCCACAAAUGGCCAUAUAGAAGGUUCGCUCCCAUCAAGUUCUGCCUCUGGCACAACAGACAUGUUCAAUCCUCACAUGCUCUCAGGUUUUGAGGACGGGCAAUAUCCUGCCAAUGUUCUUCCAGGGUUCGGACUGCCGGGUUCAUCCGACCAAAGUGCACUUCUCAACGGCGAGAUGCCCCAGACCCCUGAGCAAUUGCUCGCUGCUAUAUCCAGUUUCAAGACGCGCGUAUCGGAGCUCGAGGUCAUCAAUGACUUUCUCGAGCGUCGUCUACUCACGUAUGAUAGUUAUGGCGGACAACCACAUGACGGGCAAGACGGUGGUGUUGGCCAGGGCGAUGCGCAAUUGAGGUCACAGGUGGAGAGUCUUACUCAGUCAGAGUCGCAGUUGAGAACCGAACUCGAACAGGCUAGAGCCGAGACUGAGCAGCUGCGAUUCAAGGCUGACGAAGCAGACCAGUUGAGGGCAGAGGCCGAGCAGCUCCGCGCUGAACUUGAAGAAAGUCAUCGGAGGGAGAACAUGAUGAAACGGCGUCUCGAAGACGUCGAGCUUGAAAACAAGUUACUGAACAACGUUCCCGAGGUGGAAGAUGAUGGGCGACCAUUCAAACGGCCACGCAUUGAAGAGGCCGCGCCGGUGGCGGAGGAACUUACUCCUCCGUCUAUCGCUUAG